AUGGCUGAUGCAAUUCAAACAACAUAUUUAUCAUCCAUAUGGCAGAAUUUAGAAAGAUAUCUGACCUCACAUCCGAAAUAUCAUAAAGUUUUCUGCGAAGCAAUCGAUCAAUUAUUUUAUGGUUGUGGACCGAUGAUACUAUCUGAUAGGCAUUUUAUUGCGCUUAUGGCAUCAAGUCGUCACCAGUGCAAUAGUUUAAUGCAGUUACAUAAAAGAGAAUUCGAACGAUUAGGUGGUAAUAUAAAUUGGUUAAAAGGAUUGCAAUAUGUUCCAUUAAAAAUCAGGAAUCUCGACAUGUUAAGCGCAAUUCUUGCUCAUCAGCCUUGGUCAAUUGAUGUUGAUCAUUUAUCGGCAUUGACAAAAUGUGCCCCUCCAGCGAAUUGGUCUUUAUCAGAAUUAUUACAAGCGGUUAUUAUUCUUGCGCAAACUCAUGUUCUUUGUUCGUUUAUUCUUGGUAGUUAUAAUGACGAACGGCCAAAAUUCGACAAAGGAACUGUGGCGAAUGCUCAAAAUAAUUACGAUAAGCAGAAGAUCGGUGAAGUGGAAUCAUUACUAAAACGAAUGAAUGAACUGAAAGAAAUUCAACUAAUGGUUCAUAAUGAAAAUAUUAGUGAACAACAGCGUCAAAAACAUUUUUUAGAAGUUCACAGCGAACAAAUUUCAAAUGAUAAAAUUUCACAAGGGAGCUCACCAUCAAAUGUUACAAUCUCUCAACAUUUCUACAGUUUAUUCACCGAUAAUAUGAAUUUUUGCUAUGUUGAUUUCGCAAAGCGAGCUCGAGAUGGUUUCGCAAAAACGCACAAAAUUCAUGAUAUUUCGUGGGAAGAUCAUGGGUACAGUUGUAUGGAUGAACUUUAUAAUGAAAUGGCUGACAUUCUUGAUAAGAAAUUCCGACUAACACGAAGUCUUACUUACUUUACAAUGGGUGGAUAUAGUCAUGUGGAUACAACUAAGUACCGCACUGCCAUUUGGAUGUAUAUUCAAUCGUUAUAUGGAAUAAGACACGAUGAUUAUAAUUAUUCUGAAGUAAACAUUAUGCUAAGUGGUGAAAUGAAAACUUUUAUCAAAAUAAUUAGUUGUUUUCCCGAGAAAACCACAGCUUCUCUGAGGGAUUCUGUUAUGUCUGAAUUUAAACUCUCAGAAAAGGUUCAUGUGAUUUUAUUGAUAAUGGAAGCGCGAUUUCAAGCUGAAUUAAUUCAUUUCUUUCGGGCGCUUAUCAAACUUAAUAGCUCCUCUGAUAAUAGGUGA